AUGUCCCUCCGGCUGUCCCCUAGAAUAUCCCCUAAAGUAUCCUGUAGCCUCUCCCCCAGACUCUUCCCUAGACUCUCCCAAGACCUUUCCCCUGCACUUUCCUCCAAACACGCGGCAAUAACUGAUAAUGGCUGGAGCGCGACUGGGAACUUGUCUGAGUUAUCGUUCCAGAAGCGAGAACGCUCGAGCGUGGUUCCGCGCGCCGCGAACAACGGUAACAUUGCCGGUCCCGCGGCGCGGGAGGUUGAUUCAAUUCGGAAGGAGAUCUCGGAUCUGAUCACAUCCAUCCAAUGGCUGCAGAAGAAGAUCAACUCGGACGGCCGUCAGACGGCGAACGGUAACUUCGACGGUGACGGGACGCAGGUGCACACAGUGUACGGGUCGAACCUGCGACCGGCGACGGAGAUUCGCGGUCGCAUUGAGCGACUAUUGGAGCGAGCCGUGUCGCUCAAAGCCAUGGCGGGCCGAAGCUCCUCAAGCUCGCGACGCGUGCCAGUACAAGUGACGGCCACUCUUAAAUCUCUACAGCGCGAGUACGGCUCGCUGUACAACAUCGUGCGUCUCUCCAUCCGCACUGAUCUCCCAGACAUGCCGCCGUCCGGCCUCUUUGAUGACCCUAUGGAUGACCCUGCCGAGACGCUCGCAGCACAAGCUGCAGCGGACGCGGCAGCAGGGGGUUCGGAGGAAGGGGUUGAGGCGGCAGGGCGGCCGUUGGAUGCUGCUCUCGCAUACUCGUACGAUGCCCAGAGGGACUCUGCUGCUGCGCUGGGUUCGAUGCUGGAGAUCCAACAGAGGGUGCAGCAACAGAUAUCAGCCAUGAGUGCUGCAGGUGCCGGGUCCCCCCUCGGACCUCACACCCCCUCCCAAACACAACCAACCGCCUCCAACCCCGCAGCACAUUCCUCCCAGCCGGCAAUACCAUCCGCCACAACCGCCACAGCCGCUACAGCGGCGUCUGUAGCGGCAGCAGGCGGCGGCAGCAGCCCCUUUGCGAGCCUGUGGAAGAACAUGGCGUCUCAACUCUCGCGCGCGUUUGAAACGCUGCUGCCCCCCCCCUCGCCUGAUGAUCCUCCCCUGGGAGUAAGCACUGGGGCUGGGGGGAUAGCUGCUCAGACAGCAGCAGGAGCAGCAGGGGUGGCUGCGGCGGCAGGAGCGGCAGGGAUAGAAGCAGGGGCAGCAGCGGCGGCUCUGGCAGGGAUUGGAGGAGGUGCAGUAGCAGGAGCAGGAGGGGUGGGGUUGGUUGUGGGUGAGAGCGGAGUGGCCGCAGUGGAGGAGGCGUGGGGGGGAAACGUGCAGUCUGGGAGCAGCGGCGUCAUUGACAUCACUCCGCAAGCCCCCCUGGCAGGCGCGCAGAGCAGCCUGGUGCGGCUGGCAGGGGAGGUGCGAUCUAACGACGCUCUUAUCUCGUCCGUCAACCGUGAAAUGGAGGAGGAGCGGCAGCGGCUGCUGAACAAGGCGCAAUCAGUGGCACAGGAGGUGCAGCAGCGAGUGACAGUGGGGGAUAUGGAGACCGUGGUGGGUGCAGCGGUAGAGACAAUGCAAUCGGAACUCCAGGCAGCACAGCAGCGCACUCGCCAGCUGCUUAUACAGGUGGAACUGAAGGACCGGGAGAUGAGGCUGAGGCGCGAGGAGUGGGAGAAGGAACGCAAAGCGCAGCGGUCGUCAGGAGCAGGAUCAGGCACAGCAACAGCCACUGCCACUCCUGAGCCAGACAGCACAGGGGACUCUAUAAUGCGUCUCCUUGCCCUUCAAGCUGCAGUUUCUCGGGCAGAAGAAGCUGAGCUGGCGACUGCCGCCCGGCUGGAGCGCGUCGCUGACGUGCUCGGGCGGGAGAUUGCCAAAUUGCGGCGCGACAAGCGGGCGCUGGAGUCCCGCGCGCAGCUGCUGACGUGGCGGCUGGAGGCGGUGCAUGCCAAGCUGGCGGCGGUGUUUGGGGAGUUGGUGGGGGUGAGGGAGGCGAUGAGUGCGGGGAGGGUGGAGGAGGGUAUGGCGAUUCUUGAAGGUGUGAUAGGGGAGGUGGGGAGGUGGACGAGUAAUACAGCGAUGGAGCAGGGCGGACGGGGAGUGAGAGGAGAGAGAGGAGGGGGAGUGAGUGGGGAGGAGGGUAGGAGGGAUGGAGAGGUGGUGGCAGGAUGGUGGGACGAUUCCCCUCCUGGGGAGUGGGCGGAAUUUGGGAAGAGCGAGAAUGAUUCGGAGAGUGGGGGUGGGACAGAUGAGGAGAGGAGGAGGGAGGAGAGGAGGAGGAGGGAUGAGUUGAUGGCGCUGGUGGGGGUGGAUGGGGAGGAGAGCGGGGGCAGUGGGGAAGGGGUGAUUACGGUGUUUUAUGAGACGGGGUGGGAGCAGGCGUUCAUUCACCACAACGGCACGUCAUCGGGUUGGACUGCUGUGCUCGGCAUGAGGAUGAAGAACUCCACUGCCAAGGGGCCGGCUGGCUUUCCUCCGGCCACUGUCCCUGUUGCCCUGCAGAUAACUCCUCACCUCUGUCUCUCUCCCCCUGUGCCCUCCUCCUCCUGGCAGUUGGACUGCUGUACCCGGCAUGAGGAUGAAGGACUCCACUGCCAAGGGGCCGGCUGGCUUUCCCCUCAAGCUCCCGUUUUCUCCCAUUUCGUCCCCUUUCCUCCCUUUCUCCCAUUCUCCUUUUUUUUCCUCCUCCCCUUGCCUCCCCCUCAUUCUCCUUCCUUCCCCUUCCUUUCUCUUACCCUCGGGGUGUUUUCUCUGUCCCCCUUGUUGCUGCAGGUGUACUCCAUAAGAGCAUCCUCGCUUGAGUUUGUGACCAACAAUGGAGCGGCUACAUGGGACAGUUCCCCGAGUGGUGGAAACUACACCAUCGACCGCCCCGGUUGCUUCGUCCUGUCGUCUGGACGUUUAACAGAGUGUUCCCAAUGUCAGGCAGGCGGCGAAGGAGGGGAGGAUGAUGAGCGGAGCAAAGAGGACGUAUACACUGCUGCAGCGUACGGCGACCUGGGGAAGCUGAGACGGCUGGUGGAAGAGGAGGGUCACUCCAUCCAUGCCACUGAUGGCGGCGGAUACUCCGCGCUACAGUGGAGCGCGCUUAAUAACAAACCCGUUAUAGCGACGUACCUUCUCGAUAAAGGAGCGGACGUGAAUGCCAAAGAUAGGUCGGGGCAGACGGCGUUGCAUUGGGCGGCAGUGCGAGGUGGCAUCGCUGUUGCUGACGUGUUGCUGCAACGUGGCGCUGACGUGGAGGUUGCGGAUUCACACGGUUACAGGACCACACACGUAGCAGCGCAGUACGGGCAGACGGCGUUACUAUACCACAUUGUUGCUACGUGGGGGGCCUUGGCUGAUACCACUGACAACGACGGCCGUACCCCGCUGCACUGGGCGGCCUAUAAGGGCUUUGCAGACCCCAUCCGCCUGCUGCUCUUCUGUGACGCAUACCUCUCACGGCCCGACAAGGAGGGGUGCACGCCCCUUCAUUGGGCGGCAAUCAGGGGUAAUUUGGAUGCGGUUACCCUAUUGGUCCAGGCUGGCAGCAAGGAUGAUUUGAUUGCGACGGACUCCACUGGGAGCAUGCCAGCUCAGCUCGCGAGCGACAAGGGGCACCGCCACGUGGCGCUUUUCCUGUCCAAUGCGCGCAAGGUGUUUGACGCCCGGCACGACACCAAGGGAUUGGCAGGCAAGAUGGCGAGAUACGGUCUUGCACCUGCGCUCUGGGCGGUCAUUAUUGGAUUACUUAUCGGCUUCACCAAUGCAGUUGUCUUCUCCACCACGCUCCCAGUGAUAACAGCGACCAUGGCAGCAUGGGCGUGGGCCGUCUUCAUCUGUGCUGGCACCGGCAUGUAUUUCCUUUACCGCUCCUCCACGCAAGAUCCAGGCUACGUGCAGUCGUCACGGCUGCAGAGCCUUAAGAAGCAACAGGAGGAGGAGAUGGUGCCUCUAAGAGCAGAUUACAUGGAUCCGGUGCUGCAGUCGGGUCAAUGGUCGCAGCUGUGUGUCACCUGCCGGAUCGUACGGCCUAGGAGGUCGAAGCAUUGUUCCAUCUGCAAUAAGUGUGUGACUCAGUUCGACCACCACUGCCCCUGGAUCUCCAACUGCGUGGGCAAGCGCAACAAGUGGCAUUUUCUCAUGAUGCUCAUGCUUGAAAUGGCAGCCAUGGUCAUCGCCCUCUCCCUCGCCUUUGGCCGCCUGAUGAACCUGGAGGGAGCACCAGCAGCAGGAGCGGGGUGGCUGGGGUACGUGGCAAUGCACCACACAGGAGCGCUGGUGUUCAUAAUCGCGGAUGGCUUCAUGCUGCUGUCCGUGCUGGGGCUUGUCGUGUCACAAGGCUCUCAGGUGGCUCAGAACAUAACAACAAAUGAAAUGGCCAAUGCCCAUCGCUACGCCUACCUGAGGGGCCCUGACGGCAAAUACUUCAACCCGUUCAACCGCGGCUGCUACCAAAACUGCGCUGAUUUCUGGACCACUGGGGAAACCACCGACACCGAAGGUGCUGCUCCUGGUGGUGCUGGGGUGACUACUGGCAUGGCGGGGCAUGCGGGGCGCGGGCAGAGAGCUUCGGCCGGGCCUGUGGGGCUGGGAGGUAUGGGGCUGGGCGCUAGAGUUGCGAGAGUGGCGGCGAGGGAAUAG